AUGGAGGCUCUGUUAAAAAACCUCAAAAAGUACGUUGAGUGUUCGAUUUGCUUAGAAAGUUUCACCGAGCCGAAAACCAUAGCUUGUCUUCACACUUUCUGCUGUGAAUGUCUGAAGAAACACGCGCUUGUGAGUCAGAGAGAUGGUCAGUUUCGCUGCCCUGAAUGCCAGACACAAAUAGCCAUUCCCGAAGGAAACAGAUUCGAUCAGUUACCGACCAGUUUUCUGCACAACAGCUUAUUAAGCCUUCUCGCUUUUCAACAAAGUGGCAAUGGAAGUCAGAUCAGCUGCAAAGUUUGCACGAAAAAGAGCGCUCAAUUAAGUUAUUGUUUCGACUGCGAGAUGUUGCUUUGUCAAGAGUGUCUCCAGGCGCAUGAGAUGUUUCAAACUACAGCUUUCUCAGGACACAAGGUGACGUCGGUCAAACAGUUUCAAGUAGAAGAUUACGAAGCUUUGCUAAAGAGAAAGGCAUUCUGCGCUGAGAAGUACCACGAGAAAGAGGUAACAAGGUUUUACUGUCGCAUCUGCGAAACUUGUAUUUGUCAAAUAUGCUUAAGUAUGGAACACAAGACUCAUGAAAUAGAGUUGCUCGACAAGGCAGCCGAUGAAGAAAGAGCCAAAAUUUUGGCGGGAGUUGAGUCAAUAAAACGAAAACACCAAAUGUGCAGCGAUAUUAUCCCUCAAUUCGAAGAGACAGCCGCCAAUCUUGAAGCUAAUAUCGCAACGGCUAAACGCCAAGUGUCUCAAUCAGCGGAGGAAAUGAUCGCUGUGAUUCGCGAACGCGAGCGCGAGGCAAUUACCACGCUCGAGAACACACGCGUGUCACGAAUGCAGAAGUUGGAUGCUGUGAAGAAACAAGUUCAACAGCUAGGAAAACAGAUCAAACAAGCGGCAGAGUUUGCGAGUGAAUUGGUUCAGAGAAGUUCGAGUGCAGACAUAAUAGGAAAUAGAAAGAAUUUACAGGAACGAUUUGAAGAGCUUCGCAAAACUCAAAUGCCCGCCCUGCCUGUUGGUUCGUUUGUAAAGUUCGUGUCAACUUGUAAGCUAGAUACUUUGAGCCUAGGCAUAAUAAGAUCAACCGAGACAGACCCAAACAAAUCAACAAUUGAAGGACUGAAACAAACUUUCCAAGCUGGUAUUGAAGCAGAGAUUUCGAUUUGCCCAAAGACAAGCGAAGGACAGAUCAGCAACAAACAAUAUGAGGACCACAUAGAGGUUCAAGUGGAACCUGCUGACCAACUGGCCAGUUUGAUCAUCAACGAAAAAGCAGGCGGAAAUUACCAGGUGAAAUUUGUUCCUAAACUGCCGGGUGUCUACCACAUCUCAGCAAAGAUAAACGGUGACAGCCUUUCUCAAGGUCCCUUCACUAUCGAGGUACAGGAGCGAAAGCUGGAAGUUGAUGAUGAGUUACACUUGCAAAAUGAAACUCUGCAAAAGCCAACUGGUAUAGCAGUGAGCAGUAAAGGAUUAAUCGCCAUAGCAGACUAUGGGAAGAACUGUAUUCUAAUAUGUGAUAAAGAGGGAAACAUUUUGCGACAAGUGGGCUGCAAGGGAGAGACUCCUGGUCAGCUUCACUGUCCAACUGACGUGACAUUCAUUAAUGAUGAUGAGAUUCUCGUGGCAGAUGAAUUGAAUCACCGAGUACAGCAGUUCAACGUGCACUCGGCGCAGAACUUUGUGAACAGUUUUGGACGGUAUGGGAAUGGAGAUGGGAAUUUUCAGUAUCCAACAAGAGUUUGUAUGGAUGAUGAACGACGCAUAAUUGUAUCUGACUUUAACAACCACCGCGUUCAGGUUUUGACAAGGGAUGGUGUACCCAUGUUGAUAUUUGGAGAUAGCGGCCCGGAAAAACUUAACAAUCCUGUGGGCUGUGUUUGUUACAAAAACAUGUUUAUAGUUGCUGAUAGUUUUAACAGCUGUUUGAAAGUAUUUAAUUCUUCAGGGAACUUUUUGCGUAAGAUUGGAGGAAAAGGCAAUGAAGACGGACAGUUUUUAAGGCCGUAUGGAGUGUGUGUAGACCAACAUGGAAAUAGUUUGGUCAGUGACAAAGACAGUGGUCACGUGCAACAGUUUACUAUAGAGGGUCAUUUUAUUGGGAAAACUGUUACUAAGUUAACAUGGCCAUGGGGUAUGGCUACAAUGCCUGAUGGUCGUAUUUUAGUUUGUGACUUCAGUGUCGGAAAGGUUCUUUUCUUGAAAUAA